AUGUUGCGGUCAUCUAGCAAAGCUCUGACCGGCUCCACUGCUGAGACCUGCGGGCGGAGGUGCGGGGGUGCCCAGGCGGGUCAGGGCUUCGAGCUGCGGCAGCCCCAGGACAAGGUGUUGGUGACAGCGGGGGAGACGCUCAACCUGACCUGCACCAUGUCCGGAGGCGGUCUCCCUGGUGCCCAGCCCCAGGACAAGGUGUCGGUGACAGCGGGGGAGACGCUCAACCUGACCUGCACCAUGUCCGGAGGCGGUCUCCCUGGCGCCGUGAGGUGGCUGAAGGGCCUGGGCAGUGGGAACGAGACCGUCUACGAGCAGAAGGGCUCCUUCCCCCGCGUGACAAGGGUAGUGAGCGAGUCCGACACGGACUUCAGCAUCCACAUCAGGGAUGUUCGCCCCGAGGAUGCCGGCACCUAUUACUGCGUGAAGUUCAAGAAAUCGCUGCUUGGUGGUGAUGAGGUGUUUCAGCGUGGAAAUGGCACGGAGGUGUCCGUACGUGCCAAACCCACCCCUCCGGUCGUGUCUGGGCCUGGCCACAGAGUGGGGCCGGGGAAACCGGUGUCUGUCACCUGCACAGCCGGAGGGUUCUUUCCCGAAGACAUCCAUGUGAAAUGGCUCAAGAACAACGCCUUGAUCUCGGCUCAGCAGCCCCAGAUCACCCCUGGCCCGAUGAAACUCUCCUACAACAUGUCCAGCACUGUGACGAUGAUGCUGGGGAAGGAUGAUGUCCACUCGCAGCUCGUCUGCGAGGUGGAGCACACCACGCUGACGGUCCCGCUGAGGGAGGUGUACCAGCUCAGCAAAGCCCUGCGAGUUUCCCCCAGUGUCCGUGUGGUCGCUGACCCGCCGAGCCCCAUUGAGGUGAACAAGACCGUGAACUUCACCUGCCAUGUGAACGGGUUUUACCCGGGAGAUGUGGCCGUCACCUGGCUGGAGAAUGGGACGGAGAUGAAGGUGGAGAACACCUCCCGGCUGGUGGAGACUCCCCAGGGCUUGUUCGAGCUGAGGAGCCUGGUGGAGGUCAAAGCGACGGAGGAGAAGAACGGGACCGUGUUCACCUGCCGAGUGGUGCAUGAUGCCCAGAACCCCAUCAGCGAGAUGGCUGCCCUGCGGAUCGCCGCCCCAGCCAGGGAUGGACUGAGCGACUGGUCUCAGACAGAUAACAACAAUUUGCUCCUCAUCUAUAUUGUGGUGGGAGUGGUCUGCACUGUGCUGGCACUGCUGGUGACUGCAAUUCUUUACCUCAUCCGGGCAAAGCAGAGCAAGGGUAAAAGCUCGCCAUCUGCUAGGUUACAUGAGCCGGAGAAGAGCAGUGAGGCCACUACCCAGGAAUCCGACCCCAACAACCUGACCUACGCGGACCUGAACUUCGACAGAGAGAGGAAGACCAUCCGCCGGAUGGUGGAGAUGAGCCAGCAGUCAGAGUACGCCUGCAUCCAGACCAGCCGGGCGCCUGCCGGCGACGACAACCUCACCUAUGCCGACCUGGACAUGGUGCACCUCAGCAAGGCACCCAGGCGUCCGGCCCCAUGCCCUGAGGAGGCCAGCUCCGAGUACGCCAGCGUCCAGAUCCCGAGGAAGUGA